AUGCCAGUCCAGGCCAAGUGCAAGCAGUCCAAGGCUGAGGCCAACGCGGCGCAGAACCUUCUUGAGAAGGAGGUGACGACCCUCCGUGAUGCCAACAGGGGUUUGACGAUGAAGCUUCGCGAUAUCGAAGUGGCCAAUGAUGACUUCGAGAGGCAAGCCCGCAACACGACGUCUUCCCUGGAGGACCUUGAAAGCAAAUACAACGUUGCUAUCGAGCGUGGUGUUUUGAUGGAGGAGGAGAUCAAGCUGGCCGACCGCGAGCGCGAGACUCUUCGCAUCGAGGCCCAGCGCCUGCGCGAAGAGCUUUCCGACCUCAAGAUUGAGGCCGAGUUGCUCCAGGACAAGAUCAAGAAGCAGGAGGACCGUCACCUGUCCCACAUUUCCACCGACAUGUCCCUCCUCGAAUCGCCCACCUUUGACAAGACGAUCGAUGCCUCGCCCAACUCAACAGCCAGCUCCCCUCUCAUCACGACGCCUCCCGACACGGCCCAGCUGCGGGCCUCAAAGGCGCUGCACUCUCACGACCCUCCUUCGCCUCCCAUGUCCGACGUCUCGGCGCCUGCUCCUUCGGCCAGGAAACCCGCCACGAAGCCGGUCGCCAAGACACCCGCGCCGUCCACCCGCAAGUCCCGACUUCCUUCUGCCGAUCACAGCAUCACGCCAAAGCCAAGGUCCAACUUUGCUUCGUCCACGACGAGCAGGCCGGUCGGCCGCUCUGUCACUGCCACGUCAGCCACCCGCACGCCAGCCCCGCGAACCACGGCCCGGGCCGCCUCCCAUCGCAUCCCAGCGUCCAACUCCCUCACACACAUCCGCUCCCUCACCGCGCAGAUGCAGCGCCUCGAAGCCCGCGUCCAGUCAGCUCGCUCCAAGCUGCCUGCGCCCGUCAACACGCCUCCCAGGGCAUCGCCCCGUUCAUCCGUCAACGGCUCCAGCAAUGUUCCUUCGACGGUUACGAUCCGUUCUCGCAAGCGCACUAUUGGCUCCUCCUCCGCGACAAGCUCCAUUGUCGGCGACGAACCCACGCCCACGAACCCCCGCAACUCGACACACAGCACCUCAACCACUGGAUCCAGGCACAUGUCUCGACCUAGCGCGUCGGGCAUCAGCCGUCUCUCGUUCGGCCCUCUUCCGAAUCGCAACCCUCCCGGCACCGAUUCGGAUGCCUCCAUCUCACGACCCAGUUCACGCGCCAGCCUGUCCUCCUACGCACGCCCGGCGAGUCGCACUGAGAUGAUCCCACCACCAAGGCCCAUGAGCCGCUCCAGUCUUUCCGGCGCACGAACCCCUCUCGGCCGACCGAGGAGUUCGAUCGGCAUGCACGGCCACUCGGCGAGCAUCUCCCGCAUCGAUAUGGACGAGGCGGACGAAGAUGCCGCAGCCGCGGGUGAGCUGCGCACGCCCAGCCGCAGAGGCACGUACUCGCGCUUUGACACGGACGGCGGUGCCAGCAACAUCCCCAUGCCUGGCAGGCGGCAGAGCGGCAGCGGACCGUCGACGCGGCGGACGAGCAGCGGCGUCGACCUCCGAGCCUCCGUGCGACGGUCGGCUGUCGGCGCACCAGAAAGCCUUGAGGAGGAGACUUAUUAA